UUUAGAAGCGUUCAUCACGGAUCAGGGAGGUUUGUAAUCUACUGAUAAACAAACCCUAGUGUCUCUCGUUCUGAGAUCUCCGAGGAGUCGAAACUCAGUGGAAUCUAUAGAUAUUGAGAAACCAUGUCUCUAAAAGAGCAGUUAGAUAACUUCAAGAAGCAGCAAGUCAAAUGCCAAACUACUCUUUCAAACAUUGCUUCUUCAAGAGCUGGUCCUUCUUCCUCUUCUUCUUUGAGUCGGCCCGUUCCUGCCGCGGCUAUAAGUCACAACAAACCUAGUGCUCCCGUCAAGUUUUCUAGCGAUACAGAGCGACUUCAGCUCAUUAACAACGUCAGAAAAGCUCCUGUUGGUGCUCAAAUCAAGCGUGUCAUUAGUCUUCUUUUUGAGACAAGACAAGCCUUUACGCCAGAGCAAAUAAAUGAAAGGUGUUACGUUGAUAUGCAUGCCAAUAAGGCUGUUUUCGACAGUAUGAGGAAAAACCCGAAAGCUCAUUACGACGGGAGAAGGUUCUCUUACAAGGCUGAGCACAAUGUCAAUGACAAGAGCGAGCUUCUUUCUUUAAUAAAUAAAUAUCCUGAUGGUAUUGCGGCAAAUGAUCUCAAAGACGCUUACCCUAACGUCACGGAGGAUUUACAGGCCUUGAAAGCUUCGGAAGACAUCUGGUUGCUAUCAAACUCACAAGAGGACAUUGCGUACCCAAAUGAUUUCAAGUGCGAGAUUACCGUUGACGACGACUUUAAAUCUCUGUUCCGCGACACAGAGGUCCCCAGCGACUUCUUGGAAGUGGAGAAGGAGCUAAAGAAGUACGGGUUGAAGCCGGUGACAGACACUGCAGCGAGGAGAGCUGCUGAACAGAAGUAUGGCAUACCAAUCAGUCAACCGAAGCAUAAGAAGAAGAGGAAACAAGAGAUCACUAAGAGAACUAAACUCACCAAUGCUCAUCUUCCCGAGCUUUUCCAGAGCCUUAACGCCAGCUCUUCCCGGAACUGAACCUCAUUAAUGGACGUAUGAUUGAUUGAUUAUGUGAUUAAAUAUUCAAAACUGGUCCCUGACUUUUUUAUUACUUCAGUGG